CUUGCCCCACUGUCUCUCUCAACCGGUAUCUUCUACAAUCUUCUCGAUUUUCUUUCUUUCCUCUGAAACGAACCGGUUGCCUUCGCAUGCCACCAACAACUCUUUGCUUCUUUCUCUCCUCCCACAACAUCUUCCCUCCGCUUGCUCUGACGUUUCUUCUUCUUCUGAGAAUCAUCAACCUCCACCAAGUCCUACCCUACAAAGCGAGUUUCAGAAUCGUCGGCCCCCACCACCGAAUCUGCUAUUCGACUCUUCGAUUCAACUAUAGUCGAUGUCGGCGAGUCGGCUUUUACCACGGAAGACUUCGACCAGUUCUCUGUAUCUCUUUUUUCAUGGAUGUUUUCCGAUUGCUUCCACUUCCCAAUCCGAAUGGACGUCGGCUCCUCGAUUUCCUGUCAUCGGCGUUAUGACCUGCACAUAAUGUCUUCAGCUGCUGCCAUAGAAGUAGAGAUGUCGACCUCCGCCUCUACUGCUCCAGCUCCGGCCAUUCAGGAGGAAGAAGGGAACACUUUCUUUUUCUGGGGUUUGGAUAGCAGGCUAAAGACUACUGUGACUGACAAUGGCUACUUUUGCUAA